AUGGGGCAACAAGGAGAUUGUGCUUCUUCGUUUACUAGUGCUAUGAGUCUUGACCAACUUGGUGUGUCUUCUAUACCUCAACGUUAUGUUCUUCCUCCAUCACAACGCCCGAGCCCUCAUGUUCCCAUCUCCACCACCCUCCCCAUUAUAGACUUGUCUACUUUGCGUGAUCAAUCUCUCAUAUCUAAAACAAUCAACGAAAUUCGAGUCGCCUGCAAGGAGAUUGGUCUCUUUCAGGUUGUUAACCAUGGGAUUGACCGAUCAGUAAUGGAUGAAGCCCUAGAAGUGGCAAAAGAGUUCUUCAACCUCCCUAAUGAUGAAAAGAUGCGAUUAUUUUCUGAUGAUGUGCACAAACCUGUAAGGUAUGGAACAAGCCUUAAUCAAUCUCGGGAUGAAGUUUUCUGCUGGAGAGAUUUCAUCAAACACUACUCUCAUCCAAUAUUGGAUUGGAUUCAUAUGUGGCCUUCGAAUCCAUCAAGUUACAGGGAGAAGAUGGGAAAGUAUGUAGAAGCUGUUCAAGUCCUGCAAAAUCAACUAUUGGCAAUAAUUUUUGAAAGCUUGGGGUUAAACCGUAGUUACUUACAUGAAGAAAUCAAUGGAGGCUCACAAACACUUGCUGUGAACUGCUACCCUGCAUGUCCAGAACCGGGACUCACCUUGGGAAUCCACCCUCAUUCUGAUUACGGUUCCAUAACAUUGCUCCUCCAAACCCGUUCAGGGCUAGAAAUCAAGGACAAAAGCAACAACUGGGUGCCUGUUCCUUUUGUUGAAGGAGCUCUUGUGGUGCAAUUGGGUGAUCAAAUGGAAGUUCUCAGCAAUGGACAAUACAAGAGUGUGAUUCACCGAGCAACAGUUAAUGGGGAUGAGAAGAGAUUUUCCAUUGUGAGUCUUCAUAGCUUUGCGAUGGAUAGAAAGAUGGGUCCAGCACUUGAACUUGUUGAUGACCAGCACCCUAAGUCCUACAAGGAGUUCUGCUUCAGGGAAUUUCUGGAUUUCAUCUCAAGCAAUGAUAUUGCAAAGGGAAGGUUUCUUGACACUUUGAAGAUGUAG